AUGUCUCCACGUGACGCUCGGAAGAACUUCGUGCAGGCCUUGGCAACAGUAGCAGACAAGCACGGCUUCGAGUUUUCCUCGCAGUCGCACGACUGGAUCCUUCAGAUCCGAAACAAGGCCACGGGCAAGCAGUGCUCGGUGUUUGGCUACACGUUCGACGUGAAUCCAGCUGCUGCCGUGGAGAUAUGUAAGGAGAAGGCCGCAACCUCCAUGGUGCUGGGAAGCCACGGAGUCGCACAUGUGCCUCACCAGGUUUUCCUGAGCCCUUCCAAUCCGUUCACGGCGAACUACUUGCCCCGAUCGGGCAUGUGGGCCCCUGUGCAAGAGGCGGUGAACAAGUACGGCUUCCCGGUUGUGCUGAAGCCCCUGAAAGGAACUGGUGGCCUGGAUGUGAUCAAGGCCACAUGCUGGAGAGAAGUGGAGGCUGCCGUCCAGCACAUCUUUUCCAGGGAGUACGGCCUGGCGGUCUCGCCCUACAAGCGAGUCAUCGACGAGUCUUGGGCAGCAGGCGGGCGGAACAGCGACACGCGCAGUUUGGGAGACGGCAACAGGUCCAACAACAUUUUCAACAAUAUCUUCGAGAGGGAUGGAGCGUACGACUCCUUCCGCAAUCAGUAUGGGCGCAACGAGGAGUAUGGAUCCGAGAACUACCGAGAAAGGCUCGCCUUCUUUGCGAAGCGGCGGGCAGAAGUGGAUGCCCAAAAUGCACAGCCACACAGACUCUGGUGGGCGAAGCUAAACAAGUUCGCGGACAUCACAGACUCCGAGUACCGAGCUAUGCUGGGCUACCGCCGAAUGGGAUGGACACCCGCCAGCUCUGCCAUCAUGCGUGGCGGCUCCUCUUUCCUGCAGAUGGACACUUUGGCCACAUCGCGGGAUUGGCGAGAACUCAAAUCGAGCAGCUUCCUCCGUGUGCAAGGUGGAUGCGGCUCGUGCUGGGCGGUGGCCGCAGCUGGCGCAUUGGAGAUGCAUGCACCCUGGCCGUUCACUGCAAAAGCGCCAACUGUCAUCAAGAGUGUUGCCAGGGUGUCGUUUCUACAACGUUGCGACCCACAGUGUAAGCAUGUUUGGAUCUGUGGUCGUCGCCUUCAGGAUACAUGUGUUCUCUGCAAUGAUCUGCAAUGUUCAAGCAUUCUCAUUGUCAUCGAGAUGCUUGAGAUCUGA